UAAUCUUUCUGAUGAAAUCUGGGAGCCAUCCUGGCCUCUGUAACAUAUUUAUAGAUCAUCUCAAAGGGUGAUCAUUCAAAAAAAAAAAAAAAUCUUGUCUCUAAUUCUGUGAAGGUUUUUGUUUUAUGGUUCCAGGUUGCUGACUCCAGUUCAGAUUAACUGCUGAAGUACUGAUCGAGUUCUGCGUUUCUUCAAUGAGGAACUACAGGCUUAUCUUCUGCCAUAAUCUCAAACAGCCAUAAAUGACAAAAGAAUGCUUGCUCAGUGAGGGUAGCAGGUGCACAAGUCAUUUUUUAAACUUAGGUGUUUAAGUGCUCAAAGAAAAGACAGCUUUGAUUUCUGGCUGCAAAAAAGAUAUGAGGAAGAGCUCCUCCCCUUCCUUGAGUAACUGCAACUCCGUUCUUGCUAACAAAAUAUUUGGAAUUCCACUUGAUGAGCUGCAGCAGGGAGGACAUCCAGACAAUGAGGUUCCGUUCAUAGUCCGCCACGUUGUGGACUAUAUUGAGGAACAUGGAGGUCUGGAGCAACAAGGACUUUUUCAAGUCAAUGGAAAUGCUGAGACAGUGGAGUGGCUUCGGCAGAGAUAUGACAGUGGAGAAGAGGUGGAUUUGGUUAAGGAAGCAGAUGUUCCCUCAGCUAUUAGUCUUCUUAGGUUUUUCCUUCAAGAACUUCCUGAACCUGUUAUCCCUGGCAGUUUGCAUAUUCACUUGAUGCAGCUUUCUCAAGAUUAUAAUAAUGAAGAUGAAUUUGGAAGAAAAUUGAAGUUCCUCUUGCAACAGCUUCCACCUGUUAAUUACAGUUUAUUAAAGUUUCUGUGUAGAUUUUUAGCCAAUGUAGCUUCACAUCAUGAAGAAAUUUGGUCUGCGAAUUCUUUGGCUGCUGUCUUUGGUCCAGAUGUCUUCCACAUUUAUACAGAUGUGGAAGAUAUGAAAGAGCAAGAAAUAGUGAGCCGGAUAAUGGCUGGACUUCUGGAAAAUUACUAUGGGUUUUUUGAGAACGAAGAGGAAGAGUUUUCAUCAAAUGAUUUGAGUUCCAUUACAGAACAGGCAGGUAGCAGCGUUCUCCACAAGCUGGAGUCUGGAGAUCAGGCAUUUCCUGAGGCCCUAGAGAAGGGAAUUACAGCAGUCAAAGACAGAAGAGAUGUUAAUGAACUUUCUGAGGAAGACGAGGAAGAUGAAAAGCUGGAACAUAUAGAAGAACUUCCAGAGGAGCAUGUAGAAAAAUCAAAUGAAAUGCCAGAAGAAGUUCAACUGAGGAUGACUGAAAAUGUCCUGGAGUCAAAUGAUAUUAUGGCAUCAACAAGUGCCCAUAUAUCUUCCACCAGCAUCUUACCAGCCUCUGCAGACAUUUUAGAAAGAACAAUUAGAGCAGCUGUGGAACAGCACCUUUUUGAUCUGCAGAGCAGCAUAGAUCAUGAUUUUAAGAAUAUCCAGCAGCAGAGUUUGAUGUGUAAUAAUGAAGCAGGAAGUAUUAAUUGUGAUGGGAAAGGAUCUAAUAACCAGGUUGAUAUCACUGUCGAUAUUUUUAAUGCCAGUAAAGGUGACAGAGGCUGUUCAAAACCUGUGGCUAGCACUAAUCUAGACAAUGAAGUUAUGCAGCAAGAUUGUGUAUUUGAGGAUGAAGAAAAUAACCAGUCUGUAGGUAUACUGUUAGAGCCAUGCAGUGACCACAGUGAGAGUGAAGAUGGCUGUCUUGAUAGGAAAGAAUAUUUGUUAUUUGACAGUGAUAAAUGGUCACACUUGAUUCUGGAUUCUAGUAGCACGAUCUGUGAUUUGAAUGCCAAUACCGCAUCCGAAGUAUGUGGAAGUCAAAGUAUUGAUGCUCAAGAGGAAGCAGACUGUGUCCAGAUUCCACGCUUAGAUCUGAAGAAUGUUUCUGAUGAUGAUAAAUGGGAAGCGUCAUGCCCUAUCACUUUCCCCCUCAUUGAUUUCAAAACAAUGCAUCUGCAGAGAGAUGGGGAGGAGCCAUUUCCUGCUUUUAAGUCUUGGCAGGAAGACUGUGAGUCUGGAGAAGCUCAGCUGUCUCCCCAGGCUGGAAGAAUGAAUCACCAUCCUCUGGAAGAGGACUGUCCUCCAGUGUUAGCACACCGCAGUUUAGAUUUUGGGCAGAGCCAGCGUUUCCUACAUGAUCCAGAAACGUUGGAUUCCUCAUCUAAAGCGCUUUCUUUUGCUAGGAUUCGAAGAUCAUCCUUUAGUUCAAAAGAGGAAAAAAGAGAAGACAGAACACCUUAUCAGCUGGUCAAGAAACUGCAGAAAAAAAUCAGACAAUUUGAAGAGCAGUUUGAAAGGGAAAGAAAUAGCAAGCCCUCCUACAGUGAUAUAGCAGCCAAUCCAAAGGUAUUAAAAUGGAUGACAGAGCUCACUAAACUGCGGAAACAAAUUAAAGAUGCAAAGCACAAAAGCUCUGAUGGAGAAUUUGUACCUCAGACACGUCCACGUAGUAACACUCUUCCAAAAAGCUUUGGUUCUUCUCUAGACCAUGAAGAGGAGGAGAAUGAGGAUGAAUCCAGAAUCAUUCAGAAAGAGAAGAAGCCAUCUAAAGAAGCAACCCUUGAACUUAUUUUGAAGAGACUGAAAGAAAAACGUGCUGAGAGGUGUCUUCCAGAAGAUAUCAAGAAAAUGACAAAAGAUCAUUUGGUAGAAGAGAAAACUUCUCUCCAGAAAAGUCUUCUUUACUAUGAAAGUCAACAUGGAAGGCCGGUGACCAGGGAAGAAAGGCACAUUGUUAAACCCCUUUAUGAUAGGUACCGGCUUGUAAAACAGAUGCUGACAAGAGCUAGCAUCACUCCUAUUCUUGGAUCUCCAUCUACCAAGCGAAGGGGUCAGAUGUUACAGCCAAUCAUAGAAGGAGAAACUGCACAUUUUUUUGAAGAAAUCAAGGAAGAAGAAGAAGAUGGUGUAAGUUUGUCCUCUGAAUUAAGUGAUAUCUUGAAAACUGCUGUACAGGCACAAUCUUCAUUGGAAAACUCAGAAUCUGACGUUGAAGAAAAUCAAGAAAAACUGGCUCUGGAUCUCCGAUUGUCAAGUACUCGUGCAGCCUCUAUGCCUGAAUUACUGGAACAACUUUGGAAAGCCAGAGCUGAAAAAAAGAAACUACGUAAAACAUUAAGGGAAUUUGAAGAAGCAUUUUAUCAACAAAAUGGAAGGAAUGCCCAGAAAGAGGAUCGUGUUCCAGUGCUUGAGGAGUACAGGGAGUACAAGAAAAUUAAAGCGAAGCUUAGGCUUCUUGAAGUUCUUAUCAGCAAACAAGAUUCUUCAAAAUCCAUAUAAAAUAUACUCCUUGAACAAUUCAUAUCUUAAAGUCAGUGUGUCCCUUGAUGUUAUCAUCCAUGUGUACUUGGCUGGUACUUGAGUUCAUUUUUUCAGGCACUCAGAGUUUCAUUUUGUACUUGGUUGUGGAGGGUAAGUAGGCCCCCCCUCAGGAGUGCAGGUGAUGUUCCACAGUAACUACAGACCGACCUCUCCACCUUUAGCAGACAUGCAGCUUCCUUCAUUGUUUUGUACUGCACAUAUAUCCUGUUAGCAAAAGACUAGAAUUUUAUCCUUUCCACUUCAAGAACUGAAAAUACAAAGCUUUUUGUUACUACCAUCUUUUUUUUUCCAUUACUGAAGAAAAUUGAGAGGAAAAUCUUCACACUGAAUUCUUCAGUUGCCUUUUUCUUACAGAAUGACUGAAAAUUUGAAAGAAAAGCCUAUAAAAGUGCACAUACGCAACUGUGUUGUUUUCCUAGAAAACCAAAAUCAAACUGAAAUUUCAAGGCCUACUGUGGAACACCUUUCUGUUUAUUCCCAAAGUGACACCUUCUCACAGGUAUUAUGCUAGCAAAAUUUUGCGAUGCAGUGGUCACACAACUCCUGGAUGAAGAUAACUGUGGGUACCAAAAAGUGACCUUGCUUAAUACAUUGAAAACAUAUACCACACAUCACACACAGAACUGAAUCAUAUCACAUGCUGCCUAUGGGACUUCAGUUACUGUUUGUUUCCUCAGUUACUGUUUAUCAGCUGGUGAUGAUGUGAUUUGUCUGGAUCAGAUCUUGUGUGCUGUCCCCUCCCCCACCUCCAGAUAAUGUGAGAAAAUAGCCAUGUCAGUAGGUAGGAAUUCUGAUGGUGCUCUGAUUUGUGUGUUCAAUCAAAUGGGCCUAACUCUGCAAAAUCAUCAUUAUGCCUAAAGUAAAUCUGUUCUUAACAAGGGCUGUACCACUGCAUUUUUACAUAUACCUUCAGGGGUUGUACCUUUUUUUUCCUCUUUUAAUCAGCAAAAUUCAUAUAAACAAUACCCUGUAAAAGGGACCACCUUUUGCUAAAUUGCAUGCUGUGUAAAGCAGAUGUUUUCAGGAUGGGCAGCGGUAUGCCCUUGUCACUGACUCUUAGCCUACUUUCUUUGGCUUUGCAUGGCUUUUCUUCAGGUACUCUCCUGGUAUCAUUCUGCUAAUCAUUUUUCACAGCAGGUGACUUCAUUUGUGCUAAUAGUACAACAGCAAACUUAGGUCAGUCUUAAUCCACGUUUUUUUUACCUGGUGCUUUUUUGUAUUGAUGAGUGUCUCACCUUGUGCCCAUGUUUUGCAUGCAGUGACUCAUGCAUGGUUUCCUUAACUAACUACUAUUAACAGUUUAUUCCAUACAGAGAUGGAAUCUUGCAGCAUUGUUUAAUAAGGGAGGGAAGCAUGAACCUCAGACUUCCAGCACUAUUUCAUAGUAAGCACAGUGAAGUAGCUUGGUAGUAGUGUCACUGAUACUUCACAUUUCACCUUGUGUGUGCAAUGCCUUUUUUGGGGGGGAGGGAAAAAAUCCAGUGGUAGUGAAUAUGUAGUUGGAGAUGUAAAAAAAAUACUGAAUCCAGCCUCCCCCCACCCCCGCUUUUGGGAGUGGUUUCUUUUGAUACUAGAUGACUCAUAAUGCCUACCUAGUAAAGUGAAAUUGAAAAUGCCAAAAGUUGUAUCACUUUGGUUUAAAUCCAUUGUGCAGUGUACAUUUCAGUUAAUUCGGAAUCCAGACAGUGUAUUCAAACAUCUGAUUUUCUGUGCACUGUAUAUUGUUUUAUAUGAAUGUUUUAUUUUAUAUACCACAUGCAAAAAUGUCCAUAUGCACUAUUUAAAUGUUUUAAAUAAUAUAUUCCUUCUUUAUAAUGCUAAAUCUAUAUGAGUACCAUAUUUUUAUAAGUCACUGGCCUGACAGGUUUCAUUUUAGAGUUAACAGCUGCUUCAUGAUGUUGGUUAUUCAGUGUUAAUGUUUGGCUGCAAGUAGAAUAGAUAAAAGUGGCAUGGCAACACUUCUGCUGUGUGACAGUAUUGUGUGUCAUAGUUUGAGCAGUAGGUGGUAGAAUUAGGCAGUUUGUGAUAGUUUUCCUUUGGUACAAAUAAAAACUGUAUAUCUAUAUACAAAUAUUAUAUAGAUAUAUAUGUCUACCAGUAUAUUGCAUUGCUGUGUCUGGCACUUCAUUGUAUAGACUUUUGUAAUAAAAGUACUUGUCCUGA